AUGGUCAAAUCAGCAGAGAAACUUGUGAACAAGAAGAUCGUAGUUGUUGGUGGCACUUCGGGGAUCGGCUUCGGAGCUGCGCAGGCAUUCCUCGACGCUGGUGCCAUCGUCACAGUCAUCUCAUCCAACGAGGACCGCGUCAACAAUGCUGUGAAGAGACUCGAAUCUCCUAAUGUGGCAGGUGUAGUUGGCGAUGUCCGUAAGGAAGAUGAAUUCGUUGAAGUGCUGAAAGGCCUUGCUCCGAUCGAUCAUUUGGUCUUCUCAGGUGUUGAUCUCAUCAUUCGAGGAAAGCUUGAGGAACUGGAUCUCGACCAAGCGAAACAUCUGUUUGGUGUGAAAUUCUGGGGUGCUGUCGUAAUUGGUAAAACUGCGAAGAAGUUUGAUCUGAUCAAACCUGGGGGUUCUUUGACGCUCACGUCCGGAGCAGCAGCGUACAGGCCAGGAAAAGGAGCCGCGACAGGUGGUGCGUUGAACGCCGGUGUCAUCGUAUUGACCAAAGGCCUUGCUGCAGAUUUGGCUGAAAAGAAGAUCAGAGUUAAUGUUGUUGUACCAGGGCUGGUGAAGAGUGAGCUGUGGAGUAAAUUAGGCAAAAGCGAACAGGAGCAGAAGGAACAAUUUGAAAAUACCCAUCUUCCUGUGGGAUUUGUCGCCGAGCCUCAUCACAUUGCGGAAGCCUACCUAUACCUUGCGAAGGCUGAUUUUGCUACCGGGACUAGUGUGCAGAUUGAUGGAGGCGCUCAAAUCUAA